CAAAAAUAUCAUGGCAGACGCUGGCAACUGGUGUCUUAUUGAAAGUGAUCCUGGUGUGUUCACGGAAUUGAUCUCAGGUAUGGGUGUUAGUGGUGUUCAAGUCGAUGAAAUAUGGAGUCUUGACGAUGUUGCAGAAUUAAAACCUGUGUAUGGAUUGAUCUUUUUAUUCAAGUGGCAAAAUGGACAACCUCAACCCACCAACGAUACUGAACCUACUGACCAUAUCUUUUUCGCCAACCAAGUAAUCAACAAUGCAUGUGCUACUCAAGCUAUUCUUUCCAUCUUGUUGAAUCGCGAUGAUAUUGAUCUUGGGGAAGAACUGACAAACUUUAAAGAAUUCACGGCUGAUUUUGGUCCCGAUAUGAAAGGAUUGGCUAUAUCGAAUAGUGACUUGAUUCGAUCGGUUCAUAAUAGUUUUGCUAGAUCUGAUCCUUUUGUUAAUGAAAUGCAAGAUCCCAAUGCUGGCAAGGAUGAAGAUGUCUAUCAUUUCAUUGCAUAUAUGCCUAUUCAUGGUGCUUUGUAUGAAUUGGAUGGAUUAAGUCAAGGACCUGUUAAUCUUGGUGCAUGUGAUGAAGAAAAUUGGACAUCCAAGGCAAAUGAAGCUAUUCAAGAUCGUAUGGCUCGUUAUAGUGCAGCAGAACUUCACUUUAGUCUUAUGGCUUUGACCCGGGAUCGAAUAGAAAUAUAUGAAGAACAAAUAGAAGAAGUGGAUGGUUUAUUAUUAUCAUUACCUGAAGAUGCAACAGAACGAACACGAUUGAAUGGUGAAAGGAAUGUUUUGGAACAUAAACUGCAUAUGGAACGUGAAAAACGAACAAGGUGGCAUAGAGAAAAUACUUUACGCAAACAUAACUUCAUUCCGAUGGUGUAUAAUCUUUUACGUAUUCUGGCAGAACGAAAAGAACUGGAUCCUUUAGUGGCAUCUGCGAAACAAAAGGCUAUCAACAGAGCAAACGAUAAAAAGAAAUGAUUUGACUAUUCUUAUGAAUAUUAUUAGUUUAUAUCUUUUUUUUUUUUUUGUUAUUCAUUCCCUCUUUUGUAUAUUCACUGGUAGUACUUUUUUUUUUUUUGUUUAUUUGAUCAACCACAUAUAGUUGUGUACGAAAUUAAAAUAAAGAUAAAACCUUGUUUUCAUCCGAAAUUCCGGGUUUUAUGAGUUCAU